AUGCCAGCAAUUAAGCACGACCAGGGCGGCGCUGAAAUGUCCGGCGGAAGAAGCCGACCAUCCUCUGGCAUACCGCAAUCAAGACCUCUCUCUCGAGCAGCCGCCCCUCAGAAAGCAGCUGGUCCAGGAACCAAACCAGCAUCGCCUCGCAACCCACAACCCACACGACGACAUGCCCCAAAGCAAGACACCUCCACCCUUCCAGCACCCCGCGGGUCUAGGACAGAGCCGCCAGUGCGCCCAUCCUCUUUGAGACCCGCAGAGCCAGUCAUCUCGUCAUCCCACCCCCCAGCCGAAGAGUUCAAUAAUCUGUACGUGAAAGUAUGCCGGGAGGUGCAUCUGACCAGCCUAGGGCGCAUGUUUGAGGAUGUGUGCCGAGCCGAUCGGCAGGGCAAUAUCGACGAGGAGGAAUACAGGCACUUGCUGGAUUUCUUCUACUGUUUUGUACCGAUGCUGGUCGUGGCUCCGAAGGAUGAUCCCAUCAUUGUUCGCCCGUACGAGCUUCGAAAUCACUGGCGCCUCCUCCGCACCCGCUGGGCGGACAGGGGUAGUGGUUCGGGCCCAAAUAAUCCGCAUCGCUGGUUUUCUCGGCCGAGGAAUAGCUUUUCUAGAACUGUGAAGGAGAUUAUGCGGCGAUCACUCUAA